AGUUUUCUUUUGGUCCUAAAAUAACCAUCCAGCGGGAACCGCGGGAAGGUGUCCGUGUCGUCCUUUUUGAAAGGUUUGGGGCGCUGCUGCUGCUGCUGCUGCCGAGGCUGCGGUUCCGUGGACGUGUGUGGUUUUAGGUUAAUGACCGGUGGUGAGUCCGAGCGGUAGUCCAAGAGUGGCAAGUUCCCUUGUGUUUGUGUGUGUAUGUGUGUGUGAACGGGCGCGUUUUCGUCAGUCGGUUGUAUCACGUUUGCCACACCGCUCUGCUGUGUUACAUCGCGUUUUAUCCGCAUCGGAUGCGCUCCGGGGACCAAAUGGGAAAAGGAAGAAGCAGAAGAAGAAGCUGUCUCAUUUCCAGCUGUGUGUGAAUGUGUAUAAGGGGGCUUUUCUGCUGCUGAUUGAUUUUGUUUCGGUUUCGGUGGGCUUUUGAUGUGGUGGUCCGUGUAAAUUUACGGUGUAAAAACGGUGCGCAACGACGGCGACGACGGAACGCGUGUCUUGGAUGGAAGUUAACCGAUCGCCCGAGGACAGGAAUCACAGGCAGCAGAAAACACUACACCCUAGCUAGAAGGAAAAGAGGCAAAGGCAUCAGAACAUUUCAGCACGACUGCAGUUUCGGUUGCCCAACAAUGUUGUCCUUCCUGUACACUUACCUAACCAAUCUGCCCCGAUGGCAUCUGGUGGCGAUAGUCCUAGUAGGCUAUCUCAUCUACUACUUGAUGGAAGUGGUCAAGCGCCCAAUUCUUGCCGUCUCGAACGGACCGUUCAAGAAGUACCUGCGCAAACACAUCCCCACGCUGGAGAACAAAUUCUGGCCCACGUUCUGGUGCGUGGAAAGCCGCGCACAGACCGUGUUCGCUAGCAUCAUCCGCUCGAACAUCAUGCCGCUGGUCGAGUAUAGGCGGGAAGUGUUCACCCUGAAGGAUGGUGGCGAGGUAGCGCUCGACUGGCUGGAGACGGGUUGCGAUCCCGAAUCGCCGGUCAUCAUCAUCCUGCCGGGGUUGACCGGGGAAUCGCAGGCCGAGUACAUCAAGUGCCUGGUAACGGCCGCCAACCGCAUCGGCAUCCGGACGGUCGUGUUCACCAACCGGGGGCUGGGCGGUGUCGCACUCAAGACGCCGCGCCUCUACUGUGCCUCCAACUGCGAGGAUCUGUCCGAGGUGGUGAAGCACGUGAAGCAGUCGAACCCGCACGUCCGCAUCGGUGCGACCGGCAUCUCGAUGGGUGGCCUAAUACUCGGCAACUAUCUGGCGCGCCACAGCGACGAGGCAAAAUCGAUCCUGACCGCGGCCAAAAUUAUCUCCGUACCGUGGGACGUACACAAAGGUUGUGCCAGCAUUGAGCAGCCGAUACUGAACAAUCUUCUUGGCCGGCAUCUAGCCUCGAGCCUGUGUCGAACAGUGAGCAAGUACGACAUACUGCGGGGCGAAGAGUUCGAAUGGGACAUGAACCAAGUACUUCAGAGCAAAACGAUCAAACAGUUCGACUCGGCGUUCACCUCGAAACACUUCGGCUACAAGGAUGUGGACAGCUACUACACGGACGCCACGCUUCACAACAAACUACACCAGAUCAAAGUGCCUUUGCUGUGUCUGAGUGCGGCGGACGAUCCGUUCCAGCCGCUCGAUGCGAUCCCGAUCAAGGCGGCGGCCGGUUCGUCCCACGUUGCCAUCCUGAUUACGGCGCGCGGCGGCCACAUCGGCUUCCUGGAGGGCUGGUGGCCCGCCAACAAGGACCAGUACAUGGGCCGGCUCUUUAGCCAGUACUUCUCGGCCGCCCUGUUCGAUCCGGACAAUGAGUUUUACCGCACGGCCCAGCUGAUGAUGGAGCACAACCUGACCGCGUCCACGUCCGUGCCGGGCUCGCCGACGAACAAAUCGGCCCUCGGUGCCGCCAGUGCGAUAAGGAAAAAGUCCAUCCCCUUUUAAAGUGGCCGGGUUGCUGCUCCUUGCGGUGUGGCGUUGCAUUAGGUGUUAAUGCCCGGCACCGGGCGGGUAUGUCUUUCCUGCUAAUGCCGUGCAGUUCCGAUGCAAAACGGAAACGUCUCGUCUGUGCUUGUCAGCAUUUCAGGCGAGCGUUACUUCUCGGCCACCUCUACUGCUGCACCGCGUUGCGCACCGUGAACAGGCACUACGCAAAAGAAAGCCGCAAUGGUACGCUACUAGUUGCGCACAAACUUGCGUUGCGAUUCGGGAGCUAAAUCAUCCAGGAAAAAAAGGCCAGACCAUGGUUUUUUUUAGUUUGUUUUCUCUGUAGGCACAGUUAAUUAAUACGUCCAGCCGAAGUUGGCGCUUUCAGAAAGCCGCUGGUGCUAAUACGUAAGCUUGGCGACAAUCCGGCCACCGGAACACAGUGUCGCAGCAAUUGGCAAAGCAUAAAUAAAACCGCAUGUGAUAGAGACGAUGGGGCUAGCGCAUACAAUAAAAAACAAAAACAAAUUAGGAAGCAAAAUGCUACGGCGGCGCUGUAUGGUUAUUGUCCUCCGCCCCCCUCAGCUCUCGUUAACACUUUAUCCCAAAAUGUCCUAAAAAAUCCCAAAAAAUAUCUAGCGAUAGGAAGCCCGUUCCCUCCCGCACAAUUUAGGGGCGAGUUAAGCAACAAAUUAACGUUACGAAUACAUAAUUGUAGGUAGAGAAAUGAAAAGAAAAACAUUCGUAAUUUUUCUCAGGACUCACAUUUGAACAAACAGACCGAUACACAAACACACACACAUCCAGAAAUUCACAGAAAACUCAAUACCCUGGUUGACCAAUGACCAAUGACCCUGGUAAGGCUUUAUCUCGAACAACGAAUAACAAAUUCCGUAGUUGCUUGCUACUGUGGUGGUGAUUACAAGCCGCUAAAUCUGGUUUCGUUUUUUGUUCCUUAGAAAGCAGAAAAAACCGCUAAAACGAUGAACAUCCUGUAUCUUAAAUUAGUAUCGAGAGAAAGAGAGAGAGAGAGAGAAAAGAAGAUGCCCAUUUCCGGUGGCAGAGGCUUUUAGAAGGAUAUUUGCCGGACCGAACGGAGCGUCGUGGGUGUGGUAGUGUCUUAUACAUAUUUAAAACUUUCUGCAAAUCUGCUUAGAAUAGUGAAUACCUGUGUAACAGAAGACUUAUUUUAAAUAAAGUUCGAUUUCGAGUAGAUUAG